ACGUCACGCUUGCGGAGGAAGCUUCACAAACUGAUUUGGUUCAAAACAAAAAAUUAACAAAGCUGCCAAAAUGCUGACAGACGACGAUGACUUCUUCUACGAGGACAAAAUACAACGAGCAGGCGAACAGGCACCGCCAGUGCUCAUACAAUUUAAUGCGGAUUCCAUGGCCGACUUUGAGGCUGAAAAACCCAAAACGGAGGAUUUGAAAACAUCAGAUACGGAAAUUGCGGUGCUCUGCACUGGCCUCGACUUGGCGCCCGAGAACUUUGGACUGUAUUAUAAACAGAAAUAUGAGUUAGAUCGCUUGGGCAUGACCGUGACGACCAGCUCCGUGGUGAUAACCAAGGAUCAGAGCAAUCUAAUUGGCAUCAGCAUCGGCGGCGGAGCCCCAAUGUGUCCCUGUCUCUACAUAGUCCAGGUAUUCGAUGGCACGCCGGCCGCUCGGGAGGGUUCGCUGCAGUCGGGUGACGAGCUGCUGGCCGUCAAUUCGGUGAGCGUGAAGGGCAAGACCAAGGUGGAGGUGGCCAAGAUGAUACAAACGGCCACCGAGGAGGUCAUCGUGCACUUUAACAAGCUGCACGCGGAUCCGGAGCAGGGCAAAAGCCUCGACAUAAUCCUCAAGAAGCUGAAACAUCGCAUUGUUGACAAUUUGUCCAGCAAUACGGCGGAUACAUUGGGUCUAUCGCGUGCCAUACUCUGCAACGAUUCGCUGGUGAAGCGACUCGAGGAGCUAGAGGGCACAGAACUGAUGUACAAGGGCCUGGUGGAGCACGCGCGUCGCAUGUUGAAGGCCUACUACGAUCUGCUGCAGACAUACAAAUCCUUUGGCGAUUGCUUCACACAGAUCUCGGCGCAUGAGCCGCAGCAGCGCGCCUCCGAGGCAUUCCGCACCUUUGGCGAAUUCCAUCGAUCGCUGGAGAAGGAUGGCCUGGCCAUCAUCAAGCAGAUCAAGCCCGUGCUGGCCGAUCUGGGCACAUAUCUGAACAAGGCCAUCCCAGACACCAAGCUGACGGUGCGACGCUAUGCGGACGCCAAGUUCACGUAUCUCUCCUACUGUCUGAAGGUGAAGGAGAUGGAUGAUGAGGAGCAUGGCUUUGCGGCGCUGCAGGAGCCGCUCUAUCGUGUGGAGACGGGCAACUAUGAGUACCGUCUGAUCCUGCGCUGUCGCCAGGAUGCGCGCAGCAAGUUUGCCAAGCUGCGCACCGAUGUGCUCGAGAAGAUGGAGCUGCUGGAAUGCAAGCAUGCCAUGGAUCUGAACAAACAGCUGCGCAGCCUGCUCGAGAGUCUCGCGGAGCUGCACAAGAGUCUGGUGGAGCGUCUGGACACGCUGCCGCCGCUGUUCCCCAUUGAGGUGGACUUCAAGGAAACCGAUUUUCAGUACAAAUCCAGCACACUCAAGCCCCAGGAGCUGGACGAGGACGAGCUCGAAGCCAAUGCGCAACGUCGCAGCCACAAAGUCAUCUAUGGCCGGGAGGCCGUGGAGCAGCCGGCGCCCAUUGUCAAUGUGCCACCGUCCAGUUGUCCAGCCGCUGCCGAGUCCAAUGCCAGCGAGAAUGAGACGCUGCUUAAGGAGCUGGGCCUGCAAGAUGUGGAUUUGCUGUCCAAUCCGCAUACGAUUAGCAAUCAAAAGGAUUCUAUAUCCGCGCAGAACGAUGGCUACGAUUUCGAUUUGUUCCUGAACCAGGCAAAUGCCACCACGAGCCUCGAGCGGGACCUGAUGUCGGCGAAUGCUAGCGAAACUGAUUUGCUGCUGCAAUAAACUUUUAUUACUAUUUAUGUGCAAAUAUAAGAAGUGUUGAAAAACGCAAUUCACUUUGAAAGCUGCGCUUAACGGCUAAGGCUAGUAUGCUGUUCAAGCCAAGUGCUGUUAAAUAGACUAUGCAAACAUUGUAAAAGACCUUUUGCUUAUGCGUUAUGUGUGUGUAUAUAUGUUAUCCUAUACUUACAAUGAAAUAUAUACUUAUUAGAUAAUUA